AAAAGACAACCCUCGAUUGCAGCGACGUAACAGUUGGCAGUGUAGUUGAACAGAGAAUACGUCUAGAUAUUGCUAAUUGCUUGUCAGCGAGGGCAGAAUAAAAGGGAGUAGAGGAAAUUGAUAAAAAUCAAGAAUCGGCAAAAGAACCAAGAGUAUAAUCCAAGUGCAAAACUGGGUUAGCAACAAAGUGGGACUAUUGCUAAUAACAAAAUGGCAUCAAGAAGUCACCAGUAUUUUAGUUUGCGUUGGAACAAUUACCAAAACACCAUGACUUCGGUGUUCCAGCAAUUACGUGAAGAUUUAUCUUUUGUGGAUGUGACCCUUUCCUGUGAGCAUGGUUCGCUUAAAGCACAUAAGGUUGUUUUAUCCGCCUGCUCAUCAUAUUUUCAAAAACUACUUUUGGAAAAUCCCUGCAAACAUCCCACUAUCAUACUUCCGGGCGAUAUUAUAUUCACAGACUUGAAGACCAUUAUUGAUUUCGUUUAUCGCGGAGAAAUUGAUGUUACCGAAUCUGAAUUACAGGGUUUAUUACGUACAGCCGAACAGCUUAAAAUCAAGGGACUUUGUGAGACAGCCGAAAAUACAGACGAUCUAAACGAUUCGGCUACAGCUACAAUCACCGUAUCGGAGAAUAUACAGCAAGCCGUUGUUGGUAAUAUCGUGAAUGCUACAGUAGCAACGGGUCAACUCUCACCCAAUAUACCACAUCAAUCGCAACAGCAGCAACAACAACAGAUCACCACUAAUACGGCAGUGCUCACGCAUAAUAUUGGCAACGUGACUACAGCAAAUACACAACAAAUUGGAUCUGCCACAGCGAAUGUCACUGGACAGUUAGUUAGUGCGGGCACUGCGGUACAACAGCAACAACUUGGACGUAAAUCUCGUGUACGUAAGCGUUCCAAGUCACCAGAUAUACAACAUCAAGUACAGAGUACACAACAUCCACAAACUAUUUUAAUACAGAAUCAAAAUCAAGCCGCUAUCGUUAGUUUACAACAGACGUCAUCUGGUAAUUAUAUACCGGUAUCCGGUGUACAAACGGUUAGCACUAGCGGUGUUGGGCAACAGCAGACGGUAAUCACUGGUGACGAUUCGGAUACGGAUAAACCGUCGAAAAUCUGUAAGACAGAAACAGCGUCAGCGUCACCGACGUCCAGCGUAUCUGGUGUAUCGGGCACGAAUAAUGCUGGAAGCGUAACGACAGUUGCAGCACCAGGUACAGCGAUUGUUACGCAGAUUGUAGUCGCACGAGACGGCAAAGAUAAAAAUAUGACUAGUUUAGGAAUGGGAAUGAAUGGCGGAAUUCUUGGAGUGCCAAUGGGCUUUUUAGAUUUUGCACCAGAACCACCAGCACCAUCAGCCACACCUGUAACAGUAACGGAACAUGUCGAUUUAUCAUGUAAUCCUAAUACCGACACUCGAGAUUUAUCAAACCCCACCGAAGCACUGGAUAUCGACAAUCAUUUAGCCCAACACAUGAUACAACGGCUUGAUCAAUCUCCGAUGCAUGCUAUACAUCAUCAGACCGGCGAUGAAAGUAAUUCGAAUUUAGUGCAGCAUAUUAAGAGUGAGGUGAUUGAUGCGAAACAGCAACAACAAGUGCAGCAACAGCAACAUCACCAACAGCAACAACAUCAAUUGCAUGCUCAACAACUCUCACAAAAUCAAGCACAGCAACAGCAACAUCAACAGCAUCAAGUACACCAACAAACAGCACACUCACAUACAACACACGUCCAACAGCAAGCACAAUCACAUCAGGAUCUAACCGGAGCAACAGUAAUGGAAAUCGAUCCAAGCCAAAUAAAACAUGAACCGGGAAUGAUCAUAACACCGGAAAUCGUUAAUAUGAUGACAACUGGGCAUAUGGAUAUGUACAAUUCUGAUACAAGUGAGGAUUCAAUGAUGAUAGCAAAUGGCUCACCAAAUGAUCAAACUGAGCCACAUUACACUAAUUUGGACCAACAGCAUGUGGAUGGUAAAGGUCAGUUUAAUGGUCCCAAAACUUGGACUCAAGAUGAUAUGAAUUCAGCUUUAGAUGCAUUGAAGAAUCAAAAUAUGAGUCUUACAAAAGCAUCAGUUACAUAUGGUAUACCAUCGACAACUUUAUGGCAACGUGCCCAUCGUAUGGGCAUUGAAACGCCAAAGAAGGAGGGUGGUACGAAAUCAUGGAAUGAGGAUUCUUUAAAUAAUGCUUUAGAAGCCCUACGUUCUGGGCAAAUAUCAGCAAAUAAAGCGUCCAAAGCCUUUGGUAUACCAUCGUCGACUUUGUAUAAAAUAGCGCGACGUGAAGGUAUUCGUUUGGCAGCACCAUUUAAUGCGGCACCAACAACGUGGACACCAGAAGAUUUAGAGCGUGCAUUGGAAGCAAUACGUGCUGGUCAUACGUCCGUACAGAAGGCCAGCGCUGAAUUUGGCAUACCAACGGGCACCUUAUACGGCCGUUGCAAGCGCGAAGGUAUUGAGUUAUCACGUUCGAAUCCCACACCAUGGUCGGAAGACGCAAUGAAUGAAGCUCUGAAUUCAGUACGAAUUGGCCAGAUGUCUAUUAACCAGGCCGCAAUUCAUUACAACCUUCCCUACAGCUCUUUGUAUGGUCGCUUUAAGCGUGGAAAAUAUGACGUUACUAAUACCAGUAGCACCUCCAUUAAUAAUGCAUCAGGAAAUACUUCGGGAAGCAUCGAAAUUAUCGAACAUAGUCAAGAAAACUCGUUACAUAUAUUUCAGCAACAGUUCCAGUAUAGUCCGUCGCCACACCAACAACCUCAGCAUGGCGGUCAAACUCAAUCACAGACACCUCAACAUUUAACUCAGCAUGUUGUACACAUUCAACAACCACAGACUCAUCAUCAGCAGCAACAAGUACAUGCUCAACAACAGCAACAUAUCCAGCAGCAACAAGAUGUUGUAACAUCCAGCAGCCAGGUGGCACACAGCAGUGCAGGUGCUGGUCAACAGCAGCAACAACAAAUUCAACAGAUCUAUCAUCAUCACAGCACGCCGGAAAGAAGUUGAGAAUCACUGCAACAAGCAGCUAGCAACAGCAACUCAACAACAACUAACAGCAGCAACAACAAUAAGAGGAAGAAAAACUCGAAAGGUAAACGUUGAGAAUGGCGGCGGCGGCAGCACAACACCAGUGAUGUGUUUUUGCGUACGACGGUUUGCAAUAAGAAAGUGAAACAACAACAACAACCAUCACAACAACAGCAACAGCAAAUACGAAGAACUAAACAAGUUACUAAAAGAAAUUUAAAUGCGAAGAAGGCAAAUGUAGAACGUCCAAAAUUUCAAUUAAAAUUAUUUGCGGGCAUUUAAGCAUUGAAUUUGUUUUUGACAAAUACUUCGUUGAAAUGAUGGAAUUAAAAACCGUUAAACCGAAUUAUAAAAAAAUUAUAUAUGACGAAAAUCUAUGGGGCUUUUUGGAGUAUGAUGAAUGAUACAUAUACAUACAUAAUAAUGAUAAAUGAUUUGAAUUAGUAACUAAUAGUGAAAGCAGCGUUCAACAUAACAAAUACUUUCCUAUAACUAAACAGAAAACAGAAGGAGUGUACGCUCCCACGUUCACACUCCUUUAAGGGAAAAGUUUUAGAAAUACACACAAAAAAUAAAAAAAAAAAAACAAAACAAAGAAAUAAAUGGGGGACGUAGAAUGAAUUAAGGGCGUAUAAUAGUAUUCACGAAUGCCAAGUGAUUGUCCACGGGUUUGACCAUAAAAACGAAAUAAAGUUUAAUUCACUGAUGUUGAAUAUAUCCUUAACAAAAAAAAAAAGAAAAGAAAAAUCAAAUGGAUUAUCCUUUUGCAUAAUAGAAGAAAAUGGAUUUGAAAAAUGAAUUGUAUUUUUGAUAAUUGAAUAGUAGCAAAACAAUAUUGAAUAAAAUUAAAAUUAUACAUAGUAGAUGGAUGCACUUUUCGGACGAGUAACGUACGAAACAGAGUCAAAGUCAAAAUAUUUUGGAGUCGUGACAAAAUUAUCAAUAAGUUCUUUCACCACUAGAUUUAGUGCUAAACAAAAAAUAGUUUUUAUCUUAACAUAAACAUUACACGGUUUUGUCAAUCAAAACUAGUAAUAGAUACAAAAAAAAACCUAGGUUAAAAUGUAACACGUUUACCGAAGUGAAUUAAAAAAAAAUAUAUACAAAUAAUUGAAAUAGAAUUAUUCGAUUGGUUUGCGUUCAUCUUUUGGCUUUUCGUUGAAUAAUAUUAUGUAUGCGAUAUACUUACAGAUGUAUGUAGUAGAUGCCUAAAAUAAUGUUGAUAAUUUCGCUUGUAACUAAUAGUUAAGUUUUCUUUUGUUCCAAACAACAACAAAAACUACAAAAAAAUGAAACAUUCAUUGAACAAAAAUUGGAUAUUUUUAUUUUAAAAAUCUAUAUCACUCACAUAAAACC